AUGGAGAAGUUCCCACGGAAAAUAUGGCAGACCUGGAAAGUCGACCCUUUGGAUUUUGACAAAAGAGAUCUGGAUACCGCAAAGAGCUGGGUGUCAAAGAACCCGGAGUAUCGAUACGAAGUCCUAACUGAUCAGAAUGACAUGUAUUAUGUUGAAACACACUUUGGCCCUGACGGAUUCAAUCGACCAGACAUCGUGGAUACAUACCGGCAGCUCACUGCAAAGAUCAUCAAGGCUGACCUGCUAAGGUACCUCGUCAUGUACGUGGAUGGCGGAGUCUAUACCGAUAUCGACGUUGAAGCCAUCAGACCAAUCAAGAGAUUCAUCCCGGAACGAUACAACGAGAGGGACAUCAACAUGGUCAUCAGCGUUGAGAUUGACGAGCCUAGUUUCAGCGAUCAUGCAAUCUUGGGCCAGAAAUCGAAGUCUUUCUGUCAAUGGACAUUCAUGUGCAAGCCCAAGCUCCCAGUUAUGAUGAGACUUGUCGAUAACAUUCUCAAAUGGCUUAACAGCGUUGCAAAGAAGCAAGGCAAGCCAAUUUCAGAGAUCGUGCUCGAUUUUGACGAGGUUAUCAGUGGCACUGGACCCUCUGCCUUCACCAACGCCAUUCUGCAAGAGAUGAGUGAAAUUGUUGGAGAGCCUGUUAAAUGGGAUAUGUUCCAUGAUAUGCAUGAAUCUAAGCUUGUAGGCGGUUUUCUCGUCCUGACUGUCGAAGCAUUCGCUGCUGGGCAAGGCCACUCCGACUCCGGAAACCAUAAUGCUCGAGCAGCGCUGGUCAAGCAUCAUUACCACGCGUCCGAAUGGCCUAAGAACCAUCCCCGUUUUAAUCACCCUGUAUAUGGCGAGGUUGAGAAAUGUAACUGGGACAGGGGCUGCGUCGAAGAAUGGGAUAGAAACACCGCUGCUUUUAAGGAACUCUCUCCAGAAGAGCAGGCUAAGAAGAUUGCCCUUGCAAAACUGGAAGUUGACAACCCACCACCUAAGGUACCUGAAAUCCCAAAAUGGAACCUACCAGGGUUGCCAGAUGCACCUGUAGAAGAGUCUAACGGUGAAGUAAUUCAGGAACCAGAGACGGAGGGUCAGCCCACUGUUCCCGACCCUCAGCAGCAACCUCAGCAACCUCAGCAGCCGCCAAUACAACAACAGCAACCAGGGCAACAGAUACAGCAGCCUCCACUACAGCAGCAACCUGUCCAGCAGCUACAGCAGCCUCCACUUCAACAACAACCUGGCCAGCAGCUACAGCAAACUCCACUCCAACAGCAACCUGGCCAGCAGUUACAGCAGCCUCCACCACUUCAACAACAACCCGGACAGCAGCUCCAGCAGCCUCCACUGCAACAGCAACCCGGACAGCAGCUUCAGCAGCCUCCACUACAACAGCAACCUGGCCAGCAGCUGCAACAGCCGCCACCACUUCAACAACAACCCGGCCAGCAGCUCCAGCAGCCUCCGCCACUUCAACAACAACCCGGACAGCAGCUCCAGCAGCCUCCACUGCAACAGCAACCCGGACAGCAGCUGCAACAGCCACCUCCACUACAGCAACAACCAGGACAAGGACAGGAACAGCAGCAGCCCGGUCAGCAGCUGCAGCAACCACCACUGCAGCAACAACCCGGCCAGCAACUGCAACAGCCACCACCACAGCAACAGCAGCCCGGCCAGCCAAAUGCACCUGAGACACAAAAAUCGCCUGGUGGAAAGACUGAAAAGCCCAAGGCUCCUGCAGGACAAAAGGGACAGCCCAAGGCGCCCCAGGCACCCCCAGCCCCUAACGCACCCACAUCACCGGAUGAACCCGAAAAGCUUGAAGAUAGCGAUCUCAAAGAAAUCGCGGAACUUGAUAACGAACUCAAUAACCUUGAGGGCUCUGAAAAGCAAGAACACUCUCCCGAGACUGAUCUCCCUUGA